AUGACAACACAAGCCAUCAGAGGAAUUGUUUUAUUAGUUAAAGAUUCAAUUGAUAAAACUGCACAAAUAUUGUAUUCUACAGAAGAAUUAAGUAGUGAAGAAGAAACAUUCAUUAUAACAACAUCAUUUCCUGAUAUGAUAACAAAACAUCCAGAUUAUGUUUAUUUUAAUUAUAAAACAUCAUUUUAUGUAUCAGUAAUUUUUAAUGGACGUAAUGAAUGGGAACAUAAAACACUCUCAUUAGUUGGAAUAUGUACAGUUCCAUUUUUACAUCAAAUUAGACAUAUUUUAUUAACACUAGUACAGGCAUAUCAAGUACAAACAAAAAUGAUUAAUGAAGAAUUAUUAAAAAGUUUUAUUCCAUUAGGAAAUGUAGCUUUCCAACCAAUUUAUACAUCAGCACCUACAGCACAUGCACUUAUUAAUAGACUUGAUAUUAAUAUUAUUUCAUUGAUUAAAUUAUUUUUAUUAGACUAUCGAGUUUUGAUUAUUGCAUCAAAAGAACAAGUGGCAGUAUCUAGUGAAACAAUCUUAUUUUUGUUAAGUCUUGUUCCAGGAGUUUUCUUUGGGAAACCAGAAAAUAUAGAAAUAGAAAAAUUACAAUUACCAUUAUCACUAAAUUCAGAAGAACGACCAGUUUAUAUGCAUUUAACAAUGGAUAAUUUUUAUAGAAUAGGGGAGAGUAAUGGAAUUAUUGCAUGUGUUAGUUCACCAUUAGUACUUCAGAAGUCAGAAGAUUAUGAUGUUGUAGUUGAUUUAUCAACAGGAAAGUUUAUUUAUCGAGAGAAUAGUAUUAGUAAAAGUGUUGAAGUAACUAAAACAGAUAAAGUUUUUAUUUUUAAUGUUAAACAAGCUAUUACCAAAUAUAAUCAUGGAAAUGGAAAAGGAAAUGAAGGAAGUAAUGAAUGGGUAUUUGGGGAAAUGACAAAUUAUGUUCUUUCAUUAUUAAAUGGACUUGCUCGAAAUAAAGAGAUGUUCAAUGGAAAACCAUUCAAGAUAACAGGAGAAUUAGAAGAAGUUGGUGUUGAUUAUGGAAGAAAUUUUGUCAAUAGAUUUAUAAGAACCAAUCCAUUUAAAGAGUGGCAAACUAAAAUGGAAGCUAGUGGAUGUAUUAAUAAGUCAUAUGAAAGAGUCCAUCCUACAUUUUCAGGUACUAUUGGAAGUAAUUCACAAGAUAUGAUUAAAGUUUAUUUAAAUAAUGAAUUCAUUAUUAAUGGAAGUAUUGCACUAAGUAAUUUCAAUGAACGAUUAGGAGAAUGGAAACGAAAAAGAAAUGAAGGAAAAGUAAAUGAAAAGAAGGAAGAAAUAGUACAAGAAAAAAUACCAACUAAAAAGACUAACGAAUCUUCAAAGAAAGAAGAUAAAAUAAAAACUUCUCAAAAGGAAGAAGAGAUCAAAGAAAAUUUAGAUACAGAACAUCAAGAAAAGGAUGAUACAAAAAAACAAGAAGAUGAAAAAAGUUUUGUUGAUGUUGAUCAACCAAUAGAUUUCUUUUUCUCUUAA